AUGUUCGCGGAGCAGGACUGGAACGAUGCAGCGGAGCCGCUGCCCCGCGGCGCCCCGGAGGGCCCGGGCCGGCCGGGCCCCACGACGGGAAAGAGGCGGCUGCCCGGGACCGGGCGGGACAGCGGGGCAUCACGGAAGCGGCCCCGGAAGCGGAAGAAGGGCGGCGGGCCGCGGGCCGCGGCGGAGGAGCUCCCGGCCAGUCCCGACGAGCCUCGGGAGGUUGGGCAGCGGCCAGACAGAGAGGGCCCGGCUGAGCCGGCGGAGGAGUCCGGGAAGCCGGCGGGGCUGAGCCGUAGGCAGCGGCGGAACCGGCAGAAGCGGCAGCAAGAGCCGCCGGCAGGGUCGGAUGGGGAGCGGGGCUCAGGGCCGGGACCCCCGGACCCGCCGGGCCCUGCGGAGGCUCCUCCAGAGCCCCGCUCGGGCCGCUCGGCCGCGCUCCGCGCACGAAUGGAGGAGCGGCUGCUCGGCGCCCGGUUCCGUUACCUGAACCAGCAGCUCUACACCGGGAGCAGCCAGGACGCGGCGCGGCUCUUCCGCGCCGACCCUGCCGCUUUCCACCUGUACCACCGCGGCUUCGAGCGGCAGGUGCGGCGCUGGCCCGAGCGCCCCGUGCAACGCAUCGUGCGCUACCUGCGCCGCCGGCCAGCGUCGCUAGUAGUGGCGGAUUUCGGGUGCGGGGACUGCACGCUGGCUGCCAGUGUCAGGAACCAGGUGCACUGCUUCGACCUGGUGCCACUGUCCCCGCGGGUCACCGUCUGUGACAUGGCCAAGGUGCCACUGGCGACUGAGUCGGUGGAUGUGGCCGUGUUCUGCCUGGCGCUGAUGGGCACCAACCUGCAGGAGAUCCUGGGAGAGGCCAACCGUGUGCUCAAGCUCGGGGGGACCCUGAUGGUGGCCGAGGUGGCCAGCCGCUUUGAGGACACACAUGCCUUCCUGAAGGCCAUGACGCAGCUGGGCUUCAAGACCGUCUCCAAGGACCUCUCCAGCUCCUACUUCUACCUGUUGGAGUUCGCCAAGACCGGCCCGGCCCGGCCCGGCCCCGCUCCCGGGUUGCGCCUACGGCCGUGUCUGUACAAGCGGCGGUGA